AGUUGUAGAAAAAAAAAAAAAAACAAACCAACGUAUAAUGAGUAUAUAAAAAUUCCAAUUUAGAAAAAAAAAAUUAUAUUUUUUGGCAUAAUGGGUAAAUUUAUAAAACCCUUAUUAAAUUCAAAAAGCUAGUGUUUAUUUAUGAUAAUGAAUUUUGAAAAAAUCAUCAAAAAUGUAGAUUAAUUUGUAACAAAUUUAAUUAUAAUCAAAAAAAAAAAAUUGUAAAUCCAGAAAAAAAAAAAAAAGAAAAAACAAAUGUCAAAAUAAUUAUGUCGGGUUAUGAUGAUACAUCAAAGAGGCACACUGGUACUGGAUGUUGUGGAACAAAUUGUAGCCAAGAAAGAAAUGAAAGUUUGGAAGAUGCAGAAAGAAUACGUUCAUGUUAUUGUCAAGAAAAUGUAGGUUGUAUAGAUCGUGCUGAUUGUGGUGGUUUUCGUCCAUGGGGUACUGCAGCAACAGGUGCAUGUCCAGGACCAUGUCAAUGUUCUGAAGAAGAAGCUUGGAAUUUAAAUAGACCACCAAAACCAAAUUGCGAAUGGUUGGCAAAUUUUAGUGAGCUUAGACAACAAUGGAGUGAUCAUGCUCGUAAAUUAAAUUGUAAAUGUUGCAGUUGUACUCCACAACAUAAAGCUGCUCCAUGUAAACCAUGUUUACCACCAAUAAAAGAUGUAAAUUCCUCAACAAAUUUAAAUAAAAAACAUUGUGAUAAUCGUCUUGGUGGUGGUGCAUGUUGUUCUUCAAAUAAUUAUAAAACAAAAAAAAAUUAUUAUCCAAAUGAUGAAUCAAAUGAUGAGCCUUGUGCACCAUCAACAAAACCAAUAUUAAAAAAAAAACGUUCAUGUGAACAAACAACUCCAAAAGGUUGUAUGUGUCAACCAAUGCCAAGAACAUGUAAUUGUCCACAUCCAGUACAAGUUGAUGUACGAGCUGAUCGUGAAUGUACAUGUGCAUGUCCAUCAUCACCAGAAUGUGCAUGUCCACCAUCUGAACGUAAAUUUUCACGUGCAAAAGUUAAAUGUCAAAAUGCAAAACUUUGUUAUACACCAAGACAACAACCAGGACCAAAAUGUCGAUGUACAGAAUGUCAACCAAGUUUACCACCACCUUGUGAUCCUUGUACAUCAACAAAGUGUCGUCCAUUAAUACCAAUAAUACCAAAUGAUAAACAAAUAAAAUACAAUAAUAAAUUGAAUCAUCAUCAUGAUGAUAGAUACAGAAAAUCAUCACCAUGUGCAAAUAAUAGAAAAACAAAAUUUUCAAAUUUGGAUAGAACUGAAUGCUGUUCACCAUUGUUUUAUCAAGCAUCAGAGUACGGAAAUUAUGGAAAAUUAAAUAAUUCAAAAUUAAUUAAUGGAAUUCAAUUGGGUAGAAAUAAUAAUUCAAUUGGGAAUUGUAAAAACGAUAUUGGAAGUUAUAAAUGUCUAAAUUGUUGUAAGAUGAAUUUAAAUCAGUCGAGAGAAUGUGAAACCUCAUUGGAACAAACAAAUCAAUUUUAUUUAAAUAACGAUGAUUCAAUGGAAAAUUAUUCUAAUAGUGAUUGUUGUUGUUGUUUUAAAAAUAAUGACGAAUCACAAAGUACAUUAUCAAGCAAUGAGCCAAGUGAUUGUACUUUAAAUGUUAAUAUUCACCUGCAACAAAGUUGUACAUCAUUGUGUUCAGUUUGUAAUAAUCGUUAA